CCAGGAGCACCAACAGCCAGACGGUGACGUCACCUCUCCGCGAGACGGACAGCUGAGCAACAGAAGCUCUUUGUUGACGUUUUGUUUUGGUCGCUUUGGGCAGGAUUUCUGCAAGUUUGAACCCCCAACAGGGUUAGCUGAUCGUGAAGCCCGCCUUUCGCCCCUGCCGUCACGCAUCAGUGCGGGAAUCCAGCAAAGAUGAAAUGGAUGUUUAAAGAGGACCAUUCCCUCGAGCACCGAUGUGUGGAGUCAGCCAAAAUACGCAACAAAUACCCGGACAGAGUACCGGUGAUCGUGGAGAAAGUCUCCGGCUCUCAGAUCGUGGACAUCGAUAAGAGGAAGUACCUGGUGCCGUCUGAUAUCACCGUGGCCCAGUUCAUGUGGAUCAUCAGAAAACGCAUCCAGCUGCCGUCAGAGAAAGCCAUCUUCCUCUUCGUCGACAAAACUGUCCCUCAAUCCAGUCUGACGAUGGGCCAGCUGUACGACAAGGAGAAAGACGAGGAUGGCUUUCUGUACGUGGCCUACAGCGGAGAAAACACCUUCGGUUACCUCACAGGGUUGAUACUGCACUGAACCCCCCCCCACACCCACACACACACACACACUGACAGAGUUGAAUCUGGUUCAAAGUACUUCAGACAUCGGCCCUUAUGUGUCUCUGGAGUUCUGUAACGACACAUUUUGUCCAUUUUUGUACCGAAAAAUACCAAGUUUGUGUUGAAUUCUCGACUGAAUAACCACAAUGACGUCAGCGGACCAGUGAGCUUCAAGCUUUUGGUUUGAUAUUUGAAUCCAAAUAUUAGUCUUUUAAGCUGCGAGGGGCCACUGCUGGAAAACCUGCCCAAAAAUGAACAAACUUUAGAUAAAAGUUGGGAUAAUUGAUUUACCUUUUUACGAUAAGCUUGGAGGAGCAGGUACCACCUGGAAUGGAAGGAAACAGUUAACAAAGCAGAGAUCAAAAAAUGCCAACACCUUUCUGCUUAUUUGAUCACACGGUUUGAUUGAUGUGCGGUGUGCAUCACUAAGCAUCCAAGAAUAAUCUUCAUUUGGCUCUAAAGUUGCUAAAAUAAAUGACCUCAGGUCAAAUGUCUGGAGUCUGCUGGAUGGAGGUGUCCCGUGGGUUUGGAGAUCCAGAUUUAGCGGUUCGAAACUCCAUUAUUAUCACAUUUCAUUCUGGCACAGAAAUCUGUAUGAAGGAAAACCUGCCUGGCAACGCAGUGACUCCUGCCAAAAAUCUGUUCGCCUUUUUCCACAUGAUAAUGUCAUCGAGGCAAAAAACAAACAAACAUAAAAACACCUGACACCUGAUAGGUGAUGUUGAUAGAUGAAGGUCUUUUGUGGAGAAAAUACCUUAAACAGAAAGAUCUGAAAAAACAAUUAUGUCAUUUUCCCCAUCAAAGGAAAAACUUUUGGAUGACGCCUGAGGCCACGUCUAUGAAGCUGUGCAGAUGUGUUUGUGCUUUUCCCCCAAACCAUGCAGGCUUUGCAUAUGUUUGUUUCUCCUCCAAACAAUCAUUCUAAUGAAAUAAACUGUUUGCAUGCGCUUUGCUUUCACUUCCACGUGAAGCCAAGAAUGGAGGCAGGCUCACCUCAGGCCACCAUUUGGAGGAUGAAAACAUCCUUUUGACCACAGCUGAACUGACAGAAAUGUCUGAACAUGCAGUUCAACAUAUGAUGAAGCUCACUGGUCAGGCUGGGAAACAGGGUUUUUUCCUGCUGUCUCAUCUUAGAAACAAAAACUAAAGCCUAUAAAAGCUCAACUUGUAAAAUAAUCCAAUAAGAAAUUCCCACCUUUCCCAUAAAUCAACGUCUAAUUAAAUAAUAUUAGGAAAUGUUCUGUUUCUUUGGAUUUACAGGGUAGACUUAGUUCCUUCCUGUAAUCCACAUGUGUCAAACUCAGGCCCGCGGGCCAAAUUUGGCCCGUAGUGUAAUUCUAAUUGGCCCGCGAGAUCAUAUCACAUGUGCAUUAGAGUUGGCCUACGGUAUAGACUACAGUAUACCGCUCAUACUACAAAUCCUACAAUGCUUUGCUUGUAUGUUGGUGGGCAGUCAAAACCGGCAAGCGCUCCUUUUUUCUGUUGACAGCCAUUCUCCAGUCACGUCGGACAAAUUCAUUUCACCCGCGAUGGGCAAAUGAAAGAUGGAAAACAGGAGCUUUAAAGACAGGCGGGAGGCAGAUUAUCUGUUCACGAAUAUAAAGACAGGCGUGUUUGUCUUGUGUGUGGAGCUAACGUGGCAGUAACCAAAGAAUAUAACAAAAGAAGAAACCAUAUGAAAAGGAUAAACAUUACAUAUUAGUUGCAGUUAAUCUUUCAAUAAAUGUUGAGUUUAGCCCGUGACUUUACUUCACUGCUUGAUUUGGGCCCACCGUGAAUUUGCGUUUGACACCCCUGCUGUAAUCGGUUCUCCAAAAUAAACCCCACUUGGGUUCACCUAGAAGCAAAAUGAACUUUGCACUCCAGGUCCGUUUCAAUGUUCUAGCCCCCGAUGAAGCCUUGAUCUAUAUUCACGGCCAUGAAGGACUAUAGCGUCUUCAGAUGAUGCCAGAACAGCUGUAGAUUCCCAUAAUUCCAUAGGAAAUGGCUAUUUUUUAAAGGAAAAUAAGCAUGACAUGAAACAACUUUACAAAGUUCUGCCUGUUUUGUUUGUUAUGAUUGUGUGUCUGCGUGUGCAUACAUGACUUUAUUUGGACUUCUGGUAUCGAACCCUAACCACCAAAAGGCCUCAAGGGAUCCAAAAACUUGAUGUAAAUGUGGGAAAACAUCCCCUGGUAGGUUUAAAGGAUGAUGUGAAUGCGGGUUCAGGUUGGAUUUGCAUGUCGUUAACAUAUUUUAGAAGAGCAGAUGAGCAAACUUCUUUUUUUGCACGCAUGUUCAUCCCACAGACCUCCUUCACGUGUGUGAAGGGAAAAGGGAACGGCUCACGAAUGAGGCUCAAACCGCCUCUGUGUGCACGAGGGCUUCAUACGGGACACCGCCAAGGCUGCGGCCCCCUCUGGAGCGGAGCACUCGCUGCUCGUCCUCAGACGCCUUUGUCAGUGCUUCCCAGUCUCAUUUCUGUUUAUUUGCACAUUUUGCUGAACUGGUUUCAGCAGCAUUUUGGGAUUGAACCUGAAAGAAAAGCUUCAGCAUUUCACUUGAUUACAUGUGAGAUUUAUGGGAUUGUCCCUUCUUACUCUGUGAAACUCUUCAUCAGUUGCUUCUCCAUGACAGGAUAGAAAUCAUUUCUUUCAUUUAGCCAAGAUCUUUAAAAAACUAUAAAGCUAAAUGUAUUUAAAGUACAAGUAUUCCCUGUUUUAGGCAGGACUAUCUUUAUAAUUUAUAAAGCUAAUUAUAUUCAAUACCUUAAGUUUAGUUCCUGACCUUUUUUAAGAUGACAAAAAGGUAACUCAAGUUAUGAGAUCAACUUUUUAAAAAACAAUAAUUAUAAGCUUGAUUUCUUUUUCUAAGUUAAUUUGCACAUUUUGUUGUUAGUAUUUAUUUCUAUUGGCCUUUUUGCCUACAAGUCCCAGAAAGUUCCUCUGCAGCUGCUUUGAUUUCUGAAUAAAUCUGUUUAAUAUUUUUACACUAAUUGCUCCAUUAAAAAAAUAAUCACUUAAAAGUAUCAUUGGAAAACAAAUACAGCAGAAACAUUACGCAGGUACACACAAAAGUCUGAAAUGUGAUGUUUUAUGUGUCUAUUAAUGUGUCUCAGCUUGUUUAAUCACAAACGGAGGUAAUGCCUUGUUGUCUGAGAAGCUGCUUGGGUUCAGAACGUCCGGUUUAACUGUGUUCACUCCAAUCCUGGCUGUCAUUUCUGAUCCAGAAUCAAAGCAGAACAUGUUUCUGUUCUUAACCCGAGUGAAGAAUUCCUCCCUGUGCUCCACAAAUAUGAUUCAGGCUCUUUGACAUGUCAAAUACUUAUAUGAUAUGAGAAUAUUCAAGAAUGUCUUGAUUCCGAUCUGUGUUGUCUCAUCGUCACGUCUAUGUUUACCACACAACGUGAUUUUAGAUAUUUUAAGAUGGAAUUGUAGCUGGAAGUACGACCAAUAAAAACAUCAGAAAAG